AUGCUUAUUGAUUCGUUUUUCAUAUGACUCUUUCACAGAGAGCUACAUCACAACAGUUGUGUCGAUUUCAAAGUCAGAACUUUAGACUUAGGAGAGACCUCAGUUAAAUUAAAGAUUUGGGAUACAGCAGGGCAAGAGCGAUUUCGCAAUAUUGCAACUACCUAUUAUAGAGACGCUGAUGGAUUCAUGAUAGUUUUUGACAAAACAGACCGUGAUUCCUUUCAAAAUACAGAUGGGUGGAUGGAUGAAGUUAAUCGUCACGCAAAUGAGCACGCCAUCAAGAUGCUGGUGGAAACAAAUCAGAUCUGUGCAAUCGUGAUCAGAUUACUAUAG